AUGUCCAAAGCGACGGUGGGCGAGGUCUAUGCCAAAGUGAUCAAUGAUGUCUGCGAUCACUCGAGACAGGACUUCGAAGAAGGUGGUGUCGAACUGGCAACCCUAGACUUGUUGAGAUCGGAAUGGCAGAAGAAGCUGUCCAGCCUCAAGGUUGCUCAAUUACCAUGGGAUCCUCCGCCAAUGCCGGUCAAGGAGCAGACCCUUCCGAGCAAUGCUAAAGCUAUCCCUCAAACUCUCCCUAGCAAUGGUAAUACCGUCAACAGUCCACCACCCCAGCAAGCGCCGUCGGCUGCUCCUCUUAAGGGCGAGAGCAGUUCGGCUUUUCCAACCCAACUUCCCCCUCCACAAAAUUACCAAGUACCAUCAUUUCCUCAAGGACAGCCAUUGACAGCACGGGAGCGAGCAGCACAAAGCCUACAUGACAAUUUUGGCCAUCGUGCUGGUGCUCAGAUCGCUCAAUUACAAUCCAAUCAGCCUCGAGUUCCAAUCCAACCAGCGGGUAGCCCGACCAGUAACUUCAUUAAGCAGGAAGAAGGUUCAGCGCCGUUGUCAGGAGUCCAGGACUAUCAUAAUGGCGUACCACAACAAUCGGCUGCUCCAAUUCAAGCGAGUCAAACUGAUGGAGCCGGCGAAGCACAUGAUGAGUGGACGGCAGAAUACCUAAGACGCAAAGCAUUAUUUAACAAUCGCGGUGCCGAGGCCGACCGAUUGAUGAAGACACAGUUCAUGGCCAAGCAACAAGAAAUGGAAGGUGGAGGACUAUUGUUGAGUCUUGACGAGCGGACCACUCUCCACAAAAAGGCAUUACACCGAGCCAACGAGUUACAAGUCAGUGGAACGACAGCGUCACCCACCGGACAGCCUUCCAGCAUUGCGCGAGCUCAAGGUGACGCCGCUGGUGAUGACGACGAUGAUGUGGACGAUGAGGACGCAAUCAACUCCGACCUUGACGACCCCGACGAUCUAGCAGCAAAUGAGGAAGAUGGAGAGAAUACCGACCAAGUAAUGCUUUGCACAUAUGACAAGGUUCAACGCGUCAAGAACAAGUGGAAGUGCACACUCAAGGAUGGAGUUCUCCGAGUCGAGGGCAAUGAAUAUGUAUUCCACAAAGGUCAAGCUGCUGUCAAGCACCCCGUGUUUGUGCUUCUCGUGGCCGAGAUGGCAUUAUUCGUGGCUCUGAUCAUCCCACUGCCAUAUGCAGCCAAACGAAAGCUAUUCAACUUCAUCUCCGAAAGUCCAUUGGUGGCCAAACUACAGUAUGGAAUGAAGAUCACCUUCAUAUUCAUCCUUAUUCUUUUCGUCGACAGCGUCAACAGAGUCUAUCGUGUUCAGGUUGAAAUGGCUCUUCUUGCAAAGGAUUCCUCCGGUGUUGGACGAGCUGCCGCCGUUGGGUCCGAACGUAUGGAAGUCCAAGCUCGCAAGUUCUAUUCUCAACGCAACAUGUACCUCACUGGAUUUACCCUCUUCCUGUCUCUGAUCCUUAACCGCACUUACGGCAUGAUCCUCGAUGUCCUCCGUUUGGAGGAGAAGGUCAAGAUGUACGAAGGUGAUAAGGAUGCCGGUGGCAAGGAAGGAGAGAAGCUCGGCCACAGAUACCGCGCAGAUCAGAUUGGAGAACUCAAGAAGCAACUUGAUCAGAAGGAUCGUGAUCUCCAAGCUAUGAAGAAGCAGGCCCAAGGUCUGCAGAAGGAGUACGAUAGUUUGAGCACAAAGUACAACCAGACGAACCCUGGAGAUGGAAACAAGAAGAGUAACUAG